CUUGCCCUUCGGGGUCUUUGGAUCGAGGCGUUCUGUAGAGCCGCCGAGCGCAACGUAGGGGUGGACGAUCCACCUUUAUGACUUGAUUCUGGUGACGGGCAAAGGGACUGAGCGGGGAAUUUGGGGACUGACCUUUUCCGUAGCCCCCGCCUGACCCUCCCCAGGAGGCCGGGCAGCAGCAUGGGAAGAUCUGCCCACCGUCAGCAGGUACGCCGAGGGGACUCGGGGCUCUAGGACAACCCGGACCCAUCGCUACCGAUUGCGAUGCUGGUUGCGUAAGUGCAGGCUCCAGCGCCAGCGGUGCUUGAGCCGUGGGAGCUGUAGCCUAGAUUUACUCGUUAGCUGCGCUCGUUAGCGGCAGCGUAGAAGAGGAAACCAAGUCUUCUGCCGUUUGUCGUAAAAACCCAAAGCUGGUUGCUCACUGAAGUGCCGGUGGUGUAAGGACCGACCCAGGCUGAACUCAGAUCUCCGGCGUGCCGACCGGCUGCAGCAUCCCUGAAACGCAGCCCAGCGAAUCCAUCAACCUUCUGGCUGUGGAGGCCAACGGCCGAAUCCUUUGGGAAAGCCUCUGACGACUCGUUUGUCAAGGAGCUGAACUGCUGAACUCUUCACGGUGGCCAAGCAGCCAUCCCAACCAUCCCAGCAGGGCACAAAUUAUUUCAUCUUGUUUCUGGGUUCAUCGAUAUGAGCUUCUGCCCUAAUUCCUGCCCCAGGAUAACACCUGGAUAACGCACGGGCCAGGAGCGGCAUGCACUGUGCCGGGCGUUGAGCCGGUGGAAGUGCCUCCGGAUCCGACUGUUUUUGCUGGCUCCUGGUUUAAUUCUGCAGCGAUUAUCAAGUGUGAGCUUAAUUUUUUUUUUUCCCCUUGGAGGGAGGUUUACGUGCUCCGCUGGGUCCGGCCACGUGCUCGAGUGUGCCGGACCCUUCCCAAGUGGUGCGAAACGUAAACCAAAGCCCUUCUGCUGCCCCAGGGGGGUGUCGCAGGGGCUCCCCAUCCCGUCGGCCGUCCUUGAGAAGGUGAGCUGCUUUAUCUGCUCUUCGGAGGAAGCGCAGAGCGAGGGUUUGGGUUCCCCAUGGGGUUCUGUUUGUUUUCCCUCGACGAUAAACACCCGUUUCCCCAUCGUCGGUGGGGUUCGGGGCUUUGCUGGACAGCUCGGGGGGGGCUUCGGGGCGAUGGUGGGAGCUCCUUUUCCACUUACCGGGGAGCACUGAAGGGUGUUGUAUUCUGCACAACCGCAAAGCUAUGGGGCUGCGGUUGCUUUUGGGGGGCAGCGGUGAGCAGGGGGUGCUCAGCACCUCGGCACGCUCCCCCCCAACGUCAUGGCAUGAUGCUCUGCAGUGAUGCUGCCGUGUCAUCCCCGGCAAUGCUAAUCCUGCUGCAUAAUUGGUAACGAGGGAGAGAGCUGAGCUGGGAAAGGGAGCUGCUGGAGGAGGAGACCCUUUUUGGGUGGGUUUCACCCCGGGGGUGAGACGUUUUCCCGUUGAAAUUGCUGCCAAGAGCCAUCCUUAUCUCGGGGGGUGGAGGGAAUACGAAAUUGCAGCCUGGCUCCUUCCAGCCGCCGGUGCUGUCUUUGCGCUCCAGCAUCGCCUUCCCGGGAGACGCCGAGCACUGUGAUGGAAUAAAAUGGGCUCCUUUGGUUAUUCCUUGAUUGUAUUUUUCUGGCUUUAUCCUGUGUGCCGUGAUCCGGUCUCAAAUACACCCAUUAUCAACCAGGACAGGGUUGGGAUGCUUCUCCAGUGCCUGGCAGGCUGCUGCUUAGCCCAAGGGUCUCUCCCUGUCUAUUAUAUAUUUAUUUCCUUCCUUCUUGCAUAUCAUUCCCACCCUGCCCUCAUCCAGCUGCUGAAAUAGUCCCAUCCCUGUGUAUUUGAUACCUUGAAACCCUGGGAGGCUUCACCAGGAUCUGCUUUUGGCUCUUGGUUUUUACAGGAAACUUAUUUAAACCGGCCUCCCCCUGCAAAACCUGAUGCUCGAGGGACACGGUUAAAGCAAUUUGUAGAGGGGAGCAAAUAUGAGGAGGAAACCUUGAGCAUCCUCUGAGUCACUUGGUCCCGGAGCCCUGGAUCCGUGCAAGAUUUUCAGGAGUGGCCACAAAAUCCAUAGGAUGCCCAGAGGGUCCCUGCCUGGUAAUUACUAAUUACUCUCAAUAUCUGGAAAUAAAACUGCUCGUCACUCUGGAAUUGCUAUUUCGGUCUCCACCCAGACAAGCUGCGAUGGAGGAGCAGCCCAGCAGCGCAUCUAACGUGGAUCAAGGAUCAUCGAAGGUGAUGCCCGAGUCACAGGAGGUGAAACAAAACUCGUUAGUGGGACCGGGACCAAGGGCGGCGGAUCUGUUGGCGUCGGCAAAUGAGCUUUGGGGUCCACGGAGCAUCCCUCGCCCAGAGAUGCUCCCACCCUUCCACCUCUCCCGAAAGCUGGGAACUGGCAAACCGGGAGCGUGGGGGGGUUUGCAGCAUGACAGCAUUAAUUACUUGUGAUGAUCUGGGUCAUUAAUCAACCCCGGAUGAGCUUUGAGCCGGCAGGUUUUUCCAAUCGGAUCUUGGAGCCCCAUGGCUGGACCGGCUCUGUCUCGGGAGGCUCUUUGCAUCCAUAAUCAUGCGAGUCCUGUCUCUCUCCUCUCCCGUGAACCCUUCCCUGCUCCCAAAGGCAAUUCCAGCAGCUGCUGACAUGGGAAAAAUUAAUAUUUUUAGUUGAGCUCCUUUUGGUGUGACUUAAUAGCAGAAAGAAGGGGAAUCAGGGUCGCAUGGAGCUUCCUGUGGAGCACAGUAUUUGAGUCAAGUUUUUUUUUUUCUUUCUCCAUGCCAAAUCCCCUCCUUGGGGCUUUAUCUCCAUUGAGAAACUGAAUAAAACCUGCAAAAGGUUUAUUUUCAUUUUUUCUCCCCCACUUUGACUCCUGCCACCAUCACUAAUAGAUUUUUUUUUUUUUUUUUUUUUCCCCAGCUGUGUCUUUGGUUCAGGAGGUGAGGAGAGAGGAGAGGCUUUCCCUGUGGGAUGAGUCUGGGAUGACCAUCCCUGCUGGCUUUUUGGCCCCCUCGUUCCUUAAACCAUCGCUUAAGCCAGACCCCGACCUCGGCCAAAACUCACGCUGCCGCAGAGCACAAUCCCAACGCGAGGGCGAGGGUCUCCCAACCUCCUUCAGAGGAGGCUCCAGGGACUUCUCCGGGCACACAGCCCCCUGCUCCAUGCUGGCCCUUCUGAGCUGCCGGGCUCGCCUCUGAGCCCUGUGUAUUUUCAAAAGUGGGGGGGUUUAUUUCAAAAAAGAAAAGUAAUUUGAGCUCAUAAGUGAAUUAAACUGGCCUUUGUAUCGCAUGGGGGCAGCUGUUGCUGUGCCGAUGGAGGAGGAAGAGGAUGCCCGUGCAAGCAGGGGAGCUUCUACUGUGCAGAAAUGAGAUGAAAAGUUCAUUUUCCGGCUGCCUCAUCCCCUGCAGCGUCUCCCCGAGCUCCUCGCCCCUCCUGGCUCCCCGUCCUCGGCCCCAGCCAUCCCUCGAGGCAGCACCCUUGGGUGGGUGCCCACCUUGCCGGCUUUGGGUUCAUUUCCCCCAGCUCUGGGGCGGUUUUGAGCCCCCCCCCCGGCGCAGCGAGUUGGUCCUUUAUAAGAAACACUAUUAAUACGAACCAUCUCCUGAUGGAUCCAUCCAGGAAAGGUUCUGGUCUCCAUCCCCAGUGGGAGUUUGAUGCCGCAGGUGGGGAUGUCCGCCCAGACAGCGUUGCUGAUUUUCCUCGCCGUGAGCACGCGAAAGAGAGGGGUUUUAGAUGAUAUUUUGAAGAUUUGCAUUGGAGGGAAUGGGAGAAACCGCAGAGACUCUCCUCGUUAAUUAUCUCCUUCCUAAACGAGGCCAAUGAAGGCAGCUGAGCCCUGGGAUGACCAUUACUGCGCAGGCAGCACCUGCCAGGGACCUCCUGGGCACAGAAACGGGGCCGUUUUGGGGCGAUGGAGGUGGUAAAACACGAUGGGGGGGUCAGGGACGUGGUGGCAGCAAUGCCUCCACUUUUCCCCUCAGAUCGUGUGCAGGAUCGGUGUCACUAAAUCAGCUCCUUAAUUAGGCUGAUGCUUAUGCUGGUUCAAUGGCUGCUUUUUCCCCUCCUUUAGCAAUAGGAAUAAGCAAUUUACCUACAACUAAAUACCCCAAAAAGCCGUAUUUAAACGCAGGCUGGGCUGGGAAAUCGCACCCUGCUCAAGGGCUUCACCGUGUCCCCAGUGCUGCUGCGGCUUUGGCACCAACGCAUCCUUUUUUGGGGGAUAAGGGCACCGGCGUUUCCUUUUUGGCUUUAAAGGUGCCGGAGGCGAUGCGGAGCCCAUCCCUGAGCUUUAUCCCGGGGUGGGCAGUGCCUCCCGUUACCCAUUUGUCCCCCCCGAAUCGUAUCCGAAAACCCUCUGAUCCCCCUGCUCCGAGAUUGCCUUGUCCCGGGGUUCCGCAGGGAUGCCGUUGGCUGACAUGCUUUUUUUCGAAGCCGGUUGUUCCGUUGCCAUGAGAACGGCGGUUGGAGCGGAGGGGACAGAAAGCGGAGAGGAGAUGGCACAACCAGCUGGAUGCUGGGCUCCCCGGGAAGGAGGGGGACCGGGCAUCCCGGGAAGCUUCCCGCUCCAGCCUGGCCCCGGGGACGGGGACAAGGGGUGUCCUGGGCUCGGUUCAAAAGCCGAAGCUGCUGGUGUUGCGGUGACCUGAAAGCGUCGGGCGGAUGCGGAGCGAUGCUCGCCAGUCUUCCCCACCGGAGGAUCAGCUCCUAAAAAUUCCUCGCCUGAGCUGGAGCCGUGCAUUUCCAGGGUUCCCGUGGGCAAGCUGCCUUUUUUGGAGCACGUAGGCAUUAAUGAGGGGGCAGGAAAAUGCCGGAGACUCUCACAGCAAAAUCCUACAGGGGCUUUUUCCCUCCCUAUGGCUUGGAUGGAGCCGCUGAUCUGUCGUCAGCGAUGUUAGGGGACGCGGUGAGCCCGCCGGCAGCUCCGGGGGCUGGCUCCAGAAAGCUGGUGGCAAAGCACCCCCCCCUUGCCGCCCACCGGCUCUCCAUGCGAACCGCGGCCAAAUGGAUGCGAUCGCGAGCGCCGGCCUCAAGAGGAAGUUUGAGGAUGCGGACGUGGGCUCGCCGGGCUCCAACUCGGACAUCUCGGAGAUCUCCAACAGCGACAGUGCCGAUAGCUGCGACAGCGUCAACCCCUCCAGCUCCACCGGCUUCAUACCCACCUCCAUCCUGAAGCGGCAGAAGCAGCUUCGCAGGAAGAAUGUCCGCUUCGACCAAGUGACCGUCUACUACUUCGCCCGACGCCAGGGCUUCACCAGCGUCCCCAGCCAGGGCGGCAGCUCCCUGGGCAUGGCCCAACGCCACAACUCCGUCCGCCACUACACGCUCUGCGAGUUCGCCCAGGAGCAGGAGGUGAAUCACCGGGAGAUCCUACGGGAGCACCUCAAGGAAGAAAAACUCCACGCCAAGAAAAUGAAGCUCACCAAGAACGGCACGGUGGAGUCGGAGGAGGCGGACGGCCUGACGCUGGAGGACGUCUCGGAUGACGACAUCGACGUGGAGAACGUGGAGGUGGACGACUACUUCUUCCUGCAGCCGUUGCCCACCAAACGCCGCCGAGCUUUGCUGCGAGCCUCCGGUGUUCACCGCAUCGAUGCUGAGGAGAAGCAGGAGCUGCGGGCCAUCCGCCUGUCCCGGGAGGAGUGCGGCUGUGACUGCCGCCUCUACUGCGACCCGGAGGCUUGUGCCUGCAGCCAGGCAGGGAUUAAAUGCCAGGUGGAUCGCAUGUCCUUCCCCUGUGGCUGCUCCCGGGAUGGUUGCGGUAACAUGGCCGGUCGGAUCGAAUUCAAUCCCAUCCGGGUGCGGACUCACUACCUCCACACCAUCAUGAAGCUGGAGCUGGAGAACAAGCGUCAGGGUGGGCGGCCACCGGCACCAGAGGAGGAGGCGGCCGCUGCCGCCACCGCCGCCGCUCACGGCUCCACUAGCGACUGGCUGGGGCCACAGCCGGCCGAAACGCAGGACUUCCAGGAGUUCAUGGCGGAGAACGAGACAGCCGUCAUGCACCUGCAAACGGCAGAGGAGUUGGAGAGGCUGAAGGCUGAGGAAGACUCCAGCAACGGCUCCAGCAUGGAGAGCUUGGGCGUUUGCAUCCUGGAGGAGCCCCUGGCCGUGCCGGAGGGUUUGUGCCCAGGUCUUGCCGCCCCCAUCCUCAUCCAAGCCCAGUUACCUCCAGGCUCGUCCGUCCUCUGCUUUGCCGACGGCUCGGAGCAGGCAGCCUCGGCGGUGGGCGACCAGCCCUACUUGAACGAUGGACCUGUGGUCUACUACCAGGUGGAGCAGAGGCCGGUGCUGGGUGUCAAGGGCGAGAGCAGCCCGGCGGAGCCGCCGGCACCAUCCUCCUGCCUGAGCGAGAAGAACCUCAGCGUCCUCCCCGUCCCCGUGGUGACUUGCAGCCGAGCCGCCGCUGCUGCGAGCAAGGGGGAAGCAUCCCGAAAUCCUCCCUCAUCUCCAGAGGCUGCUCCAUCCUCUGAGGGCUGCCGAGCGGCGGCUGCUGCCCGCUGCCCGCGUUCCCCGUCCCCCGUGCCACUGGAGCAAGCCCUGGAGCGGGCGCAUGAGCCGCCCUCCACCGAGGAGCGCUCGCUGGGGCCUGUCCUGCCCGUAUGAGCGGCCCUGUUCCCACCCCCCUCCUUGGCGCUCAUUUAUUUAUUGACAAUAAUAUUUUAUGGACUGGCAGCAGCCACUGGUAGUUAUUUAAUUUGGGGGGUGGGGGAAGAGCAGGGGCUGCUUUGUACAGAGGAUUUUAAACGGCGUCCCCUCGCCCGAUGCCAGGAGCCUUUCGCUUGCCUGGCAGAGACGGUUUUCAUGGCUCGGCCGAUGCCGGCAGCUGCUCGGUUGCCACCUGCGCCCCAGGACAUUCCUGACCUGGAGCCUCCUGCUUCCCAUGGCUGCUCCUUCCCAUCCUCCUCCCCCUGAGCUGCCCCCACCACAGCUCCAGGCUGCCAGGACACCUCUGCCCUCUUUGUUUUUUUAAUGAAAAAAGACUUUUUUCCUUUAUUUCCCCCCCCCCUUUUUUUUUUAAUGAAUGUUUACUGGGCCGUGUCACAACCCAGCGCCUCCGAGUGCUGCUCCAGCCCCUUACCUAUGGCACUGCCCCACCGGCCACCACAGCAGGCACAAGGGGCCAGGAUGGAUCGGGAAGCACCCAGAGCCAGCGGGGUGGCUCUAAUUGCACAAGAGGGGUGAGACCGCAGCCUGCAAACUCUCCUAGAAAAUUUGGGGGGGUUUAACUGCUGGGAUUUGAAGAGUUUGAGCCCUUCACAGCCAUAGCAUGAUCGUGAUGGAGAACCGUGUCCAUCUGUCCAUCCUUGUGCACCAUGCUGGCCUCGAGGAAUGGUCAAGGCACUGGGCUGCUGCGUCCCCUGGCCAGGCAGUAAAAGCACUUUCCACCCCCCAGCUCUCCCAGCGCCGGGCCAGGGCCCCCCCCUUUGCCUCCUGCCAAAACCGGCCCCAUUGCAGGUCUCAAGGGGCCGGACCUGGUGGGACCCGGCGUGACGCUCCUCUUCCUUCUCCCCAGUGGCUUUAACCUCCGCCCUUGCUCCAGCCUCCUCCUGGUCAAGGGGAAGUAUCUCCCCUCCGUUCCCCCCUGCCCCGCCAUUU